CAUUUCCGCCCUACUUUCAAAAUUACGGCUGGCCACACUAUAAACUUCAAAAACACAGCGUUUCUCCUCUUUAAAACUCCUACUAGGAAUGGCAUUCUUUAGCAAAGCUGGGAACAUUCUUAGGCAGGCUGUUAGCAAGCAGCACAUCAAUCAUGAAAUAUCUGCAUCCAAGCCUUCAAUUUUUCAACUUAUUAGAUGCAUGUCUUCUUCAAAACUUUUUGUGGGAGGAAUCUCAUGGAACACGAAUGACAACACUCUUCAAGAAGCUUUCAGCAAGUAUGGAGAAGUCGUUGAAGCAAGAGUCAUUUAUGAUCGCGAGUCUGGAAGGUCUAGGGGAUUUGGCUUUGUUACUUUCAAUAGUGAUGAGGAUGCCAGCGCUGCUAUCCAGGCUUUGGACCAACAGGAGCUUGAUGGUCGGACGAUUAGGGUAAAUGUAGCUAAUGACAGGACUAGAGGAUAUGGUGGUGGUGGUGGUGGAGGGUUUGGUGGUGGUUAUGGCGGUGGUUAUGGUGGUGGCGGUGGUGGUUAUGGUGGUGGGGGUAAUUAUGGAGCCUCUGGUUAUGGAGGGGGAGGUAAUUAUGGAGCUCCUGCUGCUGGUUAUGGUGGCAGCGCAGGUGGUGGUGAUGCUAAUGUUGCUGGUAAUUACGGAAGUGGAGAAAACAGUUUCGGCUUUGGGACAGGUGUUGGUAACAACUUUUCAAGUGGUGGCGGCUUUGCCAGCAGUGGAAACACUGAUGCUGCAAGCAACAGUUUCACUAGCAGCUUUGGCAGCAGUGAUCAACUUGGCACUGACAGUACCAGCAACCAAGCUGAAAGUGGUGAUCUUAAUAGCCCUGUUGGUGCAGGUGAAGAUUACAGGGAUGACAAUGGGGAGCCCAAUGAUUAUGCCAACAGAGCCUAAAGGUUGUCUUCAAAACCUUCGCUUCCCGAUGCUAUUGAUAAAGGAGAAGAAAUCGAUGGAAGAUGACCUCUCUUCCUUCGAUUGUUUAGCAGUUCAUCUCUAGCUAUAUUUCUGACUUCCGUUUUUGUCAUGGACUUGAGAAUUUUAUUCGCAUUUUGCUUUUAUUUUACCUCGAUUUGGAUGGUUUAUUUUGACAGUAUAAGAGCCAAACAUUGUGUUAACUAA